GGCGACGGACUGAGUUGACUGACGGGAGUGAGUCUCCCAGCGCACACGUCCUGAGGCGGGGAAAGCAGCCGGGAGGGGGCUUUGCUUCUCGCUGACGGUAACGAGCAGCCGGAGCCAUGCACUGGGGCGCGGAACUUUGGGAUCAAUUUGACAAUAUAGAGAAACACACACAAUGGGGAAUUGAUUUCUUUGAAAAAUAUACAAAGUUUGUUAAAGAGCGACUUGACAUAGAGCAAAGCUAUGCAAAACAAUUAAGGAACCUUGUUAAGAAGUAUGGACCAAAACGUUCCAGCAAAGAUGAAGAACCCAGGUUUUCCUAUUGCCAUUCGUUCUUCCAAGUCCUCAAUGAACUCAAUGACUAUGCAGGCCAGCGUGAAGUUGUUGCUGAAGAAAUAGGGCACAGAGUCUAUGGAGAGCUUGUUAGAUAUACUCAUGAUCUGAAAAUGGAAAGGAAAACACAUCUUCAAGAAGGACGUAAAGCCCAGCAGUAUUUGGAUAUGUGCUGGAAACAGAUGGAUAAUAGUAAAAAGAAGUUUGAGAGAGAAUGCAAAGAGACUGAAAAGGCACAAAUAGGUUACGAAAAACUAGACUCUGACCACAACGCAACAAAAGCAGAUGUCGAGAAGGCAAAACAACAAUUAAACCUACGAACCCACAUGGCUGACGACAGUAAAAAUGAAUAUGCUGCUCAACUGCAAACCUUUAACAGUGAGCAACAGAAACAUUUCCAAUUCAUUAUGCCGCAAAUAUUUAAGAAUCUACAAGACAUGGAUGAGCGAAGGAUUGUAAAGCUGAGCGAGUGUUAUAGAGGAUUUGCAGAAGCAGAGCGCAGAGUUGUUCCGAUUAUUAAUAAAUGUUUGGAAGGAAUGAUCAGCGCUGCAAAGUCUGUGGAUGAUCGGAAAGACUCCUUGAUAGUAGUGGAAUCCUUUAAGUCGGGUUUUGAACCACCUGGAGACUUUCCGUUUGAAGACUUUAGUCAGAAUAUUUAUAGGACAGUAUCAGAUGGCAGUCUGAGUGCAAAUAAACAAGAGAUGAGGGGAGACCAAAAAUAUACAACAGGAAAAAGCAAAGGAAAACUAUGGCUUUUUGGCAAGAAAAACAAGGGCACUACAUCAGAAGACUUUAGUCACCUGCCACCAGAACAGAGGCGCAAGAAGCUUCAGCAAAGGAUUGACGAGCUUAACAAGGAACAUCAGAAGGAAAUUGACCAAAGAGAUGCCUUAAACAAAAUGAAAGAUGUUUACGAACGAAAUCCCCAGAUGGGUGAUUCUGGUAGUUUGCACCCAAAGAUAUCAGAGACCAUGAGCAACAUUGACAGACUACGUUACGAGAUUCAAAAGAACGAGGCAUGGAUUGCUGAGGUUGAAAAAACGUGUGGAAGAGGAGAUAGACGAUUAAGUGGUGGUGCUGCGUUUGAACGUCCCAUUGAAACUAACCAUCAUGGAACACCUGGGCGAGAGAGCCCUGAUGGGAGCUAUACCGAUGAUCCAAGCCAAGAGCAGAAAGCACACCACAGAUAUCCUGAACCACGCCGUUCUGUUGAAUUUGAUGAUGAAUUUGAAGAUGACGAGCCUUUACCUGCUAUUGGCCACUGCAAAUCUUUGUACCCAUUUGAUGGUCAAAAUGAAGGGACAUUAUCAAUGAACGAAGGAGAGGUAUUGUAUGUCAUUGAAGAAGAUAAAGGUGAUGGCUGGACAAGGGCACGGAAGCAGAAUGGACAAGAAGGCUAUGUGCCAACAUCAUAUGUAGAUAUUACUCUAGAGAGAAACAGUAAAGGUUCCUGAAUUGGUCUUUGGGUUCUUGAAACUUUGGGCGAGGCAUUGAAGGAGGUUGCAUGCAGCUGUUUUCUGGGGUGGGGGAAAAGCGCAAUUGCUAAGAGAUUGAGGCUGGUAGAUGAGGAGGGAGGAGGAAACUGCAUGUAUAUAAUGGUUGAUUUUGCCACUAACACAAUUAACACCAUUCUAAGUAAGUUCAUAUGGUACCCCAGUGAAUCGACAGUACAGUAUUUCACGCCGUUAUCAAUGCCAAAGGUUAAUCUACCCCGGUGAAGUAGUUGCAGAUUGGCUUCACUAUCAGAUGGUAUUUAAAAAACAUAGUCUGCCUGUGCCAUCCUACAUGCUCGCCCUAACGUGCUGUUGCAUGCUUUUGUAAAUCACACUAAAUAUUGACUUUAGAGAUGUCUAGACUGUACAGUGGUUGGCCUGUUUUGUUGAUGUGCAAUCCCUAUUUAUCAUAAUCCCUUCUAAACAGUUUAUCACAUUUGUAGUUCCAUCCCAUUUUUCAUUUGUGCUGCUCUCACUACUGCAUGGAAAUAGUGGCGUGUUGAUUGCCAGUGUUGAAGAGCUCUGACAAAACAGUAGCAGCAACUUUUCAUUGUUAGUGUACAGUUUAUGGAUUCUCCUCCCUCCUUGCUGUGGCCUGCAUUUUUUUUUUUUGGUUCGCAAAUUGGAUUAAUCAUUGAUGACGAAGGAUCAAUGGAAACGCAACUGAAAAACAGCACGUGGCUUCGGGGGGAAAACAAAGUGGCCCACUGUGAAGAGAGACAAUUGGGCAGAAACCGUGUGAGAUGUACGUCACGAACUCCUUGAAGACAAACUAGCCACUUAUUUUACCACUAUCUCUCAGUACAGCUGCUGCCUUAAAUCAACUAUUUUACAGAAGAGUGCCUAAAUCUGCUGACUGCCAUUGUUUCCAAUAGUAUCACAAAAGGCUUACAUUUGUUGCAAGCUUAAUUGACAUCAAGUUUGAUUGACUUGUACAUGCUCUCAGUACUCAAGCUACUGAUGUAGUCAUUCCUAAUAUACAAAUGUAUUAUAAUAAGGUACCAGAGGAAGCGUGCAACUAAUCUUUCAGUCAAUAUUUAUAUUGUUUUUACUAAAGAUUUGUAUCGGUUUACUAAAUUGAUUUGAAAUGAAUAUGUUUUUAAUUAUAGAUUGUAAUAUUUUUUAUUCUGGUCAACUCUUAGGAAUAACUUUUUAGUUUAUGCAAAGCUCUGGUGUACUCAGAACGAACGGCGCAGAUGUUGUCAUCUGGAAUGGCCACAAGUCAACGUGUGGAUUUAUUGACUCUCGUGGAUAAUCUAACCCAUACGCACUUUGAUCUAGUUGAGUUACAACAUAUGUGUAGAUAUUAUAUUCUCCAGGAUACUCCAGACUGCUUGAAAAGCAAACUUUGUUCUUCUGCUGAAGUCCAUUGUCAACCUGUGAUCUGAACUGUAAUAAAUGUAUAAUCUCUGUUCAGUUCAAAUCCAACAACCAAGAUGUAUUCCUCAAAUUUGAUUUUUCAAUUUGGGGCUACUUGAAAUAAGUUUCUUGAAAUGAAUGGGGUGGGGGUGGGUGAAACAUUUUCUCAGCAAUACCUUUUAAAUGAAAUAAAGGAUUCUGUGGUUUGGAGUCCAGUUUAAUUUAUGCUGGGAAGAAGCCCAUUGUUAUUCAGAAAAGGUGAAUGUUAUGUACAUUUAAGCAGUUGUGAAGACUGUGGACAUAUGAUUUAGUGCUGCGUUAGCUACUAAGUUUGUAUUGAAAUUACAAAUGUGAAACUAUCUUCUGAAUAGAAAAGUGUAUAAUUUGCUGGAAAUCGAUUUAGCUUUAAACUUCUAUCAAACAAUAUUUUACAUUGUUUCUGGACCAAAUUGCACAUGUCAACCACACAAAACAUUAUCUGAAUAUUACCUGACAGCCACAAUGGUUAACAAGACCAUUUUGUUUUAGCCAAUUAAUAUGAGCAGCCUUUUCAUUGUAUUAAAAACAGGAAGACAUUGUGCAGCAGAAAAUUAGUCUUCCUAUUGAAUUGAAUUCCUGGAAAAUAACUAUGAAUUUAAUGGCAGAUUGUAGACAAAAAAAAAUCAGCUGUGAUGACCUUAAAACAGCAAGGAAAGCUUCGUUUAAAUGAAUUUCAACAGCUCUAUUUAAAAAAACAAAAAACCAUAAAGUCUACACGUUUCCUUGUGUUAAGUAUGUAUAUUUUUUAAAGGUUCGUCAGAUUGGUAGAUGAAUUCUCUGCAACUUGGUGGCACAUAAUUUUUUUUAAUUGUACAUUAAACCACUGAAAAUAUUGGCAAUGGUACUCAAUCUCCCAAGUAGGCACUGUAUAAUCUGAGUUGUCUUAAUUUAUAUCACAAAUUGACUGUGAAAGUGCUAGAAUGUACUAGAAAAUAUAUACUCUUCCAUAGCUGUAAAUCUGCGGUUUAGGUGACUGGAACAAAUUGUUAGCCAGUUUGUAAUGUUGUAAUGCUACUGCUUCGUAUGUCAUUUUAGAUGCUGCUUUCUUGUGAGUAAAAUUACAAAUAUGAGUAAAGAGGCGAACAAUUGAAGGAGGGUUUUCUUCUUGCACAUUAUCUUAUAUAUAAAAGAAAGUUCAAGUUGUAUACAGUGUGAGGAUCUGGUUUAAAUUGUCACUGAUCAGUCGUCAGGCAAAGUAGAAUGUAGAGUGAAAAGCAGUCAAGGUUUUGAAUUAAUGACCUUUAUGCACAUGUUAAUUUUUGAUUGUCUUUUUUAAGAAAAAUUGUUAAGAUGCUGUUUAAAAUACCUUUUUUGUUGAGAACUGUUAAAUAAAUUAAUGUAUUCCAAA